CUAACCACACCCACUGACCCACUCCCAACAAAAGAAAAAUGAAGAAAGAGAUUUCUUUUGUAUUUUUAUUGUUAGUGCUAACAACUAAUGGUGACCUCCACAAAGGAUUCAAUAAGGAUCAUAUUCGUGAUGAACUAACAGGUGUACUACCUGAGGAUCAGUUUGGUUUGGAAGAUGAAGAGUCAAUGAAUCUUCAUUAUUUUAAAAUACACGACAAAGACAAGAACAAUAAACUGGAUGGACUGGAAUUAGGAGCUGCCAUGACUCAUUAUCAUGAUGAAGAUGAACAUGGUCGCUCUAGGGACAGACAUGUUGACGUGUCUGAUGAAGAACUGUUUGAUUUGAUUUCUUCAACACUGAAAGAAGAUGACCUUGAUGAUGAUGGCUACGUUGAUUUCUUUGAGUUUGUCAAGUCACAGCAUAAAGGAGUGGACCCAGAAAACCCAACUUAUUAAUUAAUAAUAAUUUCAAAAUACAAUAUUUUCAUUAUUGCAAAUUGAAUCAGCAAUUAUUAUUAUUAUUAUAAUAAAAUAAACUAAUAAAAUAUAAAUACAACUUCUA